ACUCUGACCGUCAUUUUUCUUUCUUCCAAGUCCAUCGUCAAAUUCUUCUUCCGCUUCGUCUUCGCUACCACGUCUCUGCAUUUACCUAUGGAUUUUGCUCUGCUAAUUCCGGUUGUUUCAGUGAUUCUCGGUGCCUUAAUUGCCGUUAUCUUCUUCGGAAGCUACUUUCGCAAGCGAAGAUCUGAAGUCCAAACCAUUUCUCAUCCAGAGCUUCCAUCGGAUCCGAAGAAGCACCAGAAGCCGUCGCAGACUAAGAAGUCUCACUCCAAACCUCACUCUCACUCCUCCGAGAAGGAUCAAAACAAGAAACAUCACCCGUUAGAUUUGAAUACAUUGAAAGGUCACGGAGAUUCUGUCACUGGAUUAUGCUUCUCCUCAGAUGGAAGUAAUUUGGCGACUGCCUGUGCUGAUGGAGUGAUCAGGGUAUUUAAGUUGGAUGAUGCAUCGAGUAAAAGCUUCAAGUUCUUGCGAAUUAAUUUACCUGCUGGAGGUCAUCCAACUGCUGUCAUGUUUGGUGAUGAUGCAACCUCAAUCAUUGUAUCCUCUCAAGGUCUGUCUGGUUCUUCUUUGUACAUGUAUGGAGAAGAAAAAGCCAAACCUUCAGGUGAAACUAAACAGCAAGCUAAGCUCCCUCUUCCUGAAAUCAAGUGGGAACAACACAAGGUGCACGAUAAAAAAUCUGUAAUAACCCUAGUAGGUGCAACUGCUAGUUACGGUAGUGCCGAUGGGAGUACAAUUGUGGCUUCUUGUUCGGAAGGGACUGAUAUUAGACUCUGGCAUGCAAAAACGGGAAAGCUGGUGGGUGAUGUUGACACUAAUCAAUUAAAAAAUACCAUGGCUACAUUGUCACCAAAUGGCCGUUUUAUUGCAGCAGCUGCUUUUACUGCGGAUGUGAAGGUAUGGGAGGUUGUUUACUCAAAGGAUGGUUCAGUUAAGGAGGUUUUGAGGGUUAUGCAGCUGAAAGGACACAAGAGUGCGGUGACUUGGUUAUGUUUUACUCCAAACUCGGAGCAAAUCAUCACUGCAUCAAAGGAUGGUUCAAUGAGAAUAUGGAACAUUAACGUGAGGUAUCACCUCGAUGAGGAUCCAAAAACUCUCAAGGUGUUUCCAAUUCCGUUACACGAUUCAAAAGGUGCUACAGUGCAUUAUGACCAUCUCAAUAUAUCCCCUGACGGAAAGAUACUAGCAGCAACACACGGUUCCACACUGCAGUGGUUAUGCGUUGAAACUGGAAAGGUUUUGGAUACAGCUGAGAAAGCUCAUGAUGGUGAUAUCACAUGGAUUUCGUGGGCACCCAAACCUAUUCCAUCAGGAGUUAAAAAGGUAAUGGUUUUGGCUACUGCGAGUGUGGACAAGAAAGUAAAACUAUGGGCAGCCCCAUCGCUAAGUUGAUCACGAAUCAAUUUUGUUGGCUGAGAUAAAAUUAACUUUGGUCAUUUGGUAUAAUUAACCUUUUACCAACUGCUUGGUUUUCUUGAAAAAAGUUGUCUAAAUUCCAUACUGGAAGUCAACAAUUUCAGCAGCCACGGCCGAAUCUUGACGGGUAAAACUAUUCAAUCUCUUUAUUAACAAUAGAGGUGGUUUUGAUAACACGAGGUUGAUUUCAAAUGCGAGAGGUCUUUUUUAUACCAAAACCUUUCCUAUAGCAUGAAGAAAAAAAAAUAAAAAGAAGAAGAAGAGAGGAAAGUAAUAGUUUUAGAUUUUAAAUUAUCACGUUAUGGGUAAAAGAAGAUGUUAGAGAAAUUAGAUAUUUGUUUAAUUACCGGCACGGUGGAUUGAUUUGAUGAAUACCUAUGUGUUUUGAGUGGCUUAAAGAAAGAUUUGGUUUUGUGUUUCUGUUUUA